CAUUGUUUGUUGUCAGUCGACGCGCGUUCAUCUCAUCUCAUCCGCCUUGUGCGCUCGCGUCUGUUCGCUGUGAUGUGGAAUUAAAUUAUUAUUAUUAUUUAUUUAUUUGUUUUUGUGCGUGUGUGUGCAAUAUAGUGUUUGUUCCAGCGUGUGGGUGUGUGAAAAAUGCCGUAAAAUGCAGCAAACGCAAUGGAAUAAGGACAGGCAGGAGGAUAGGAACAACAAUAGCGGCAGCACGAGCGAGCAGGAUAGCGGCUGUCAUCGGCGUCUCUUCCUGUGUAUUGCCAAGGCUGUGAAACAAUUCAUUGAUCUCUGCAACAAUCUAGGUGCUAACUGCAGCACGACGACAACCACAUCCCCGUCAACUUCCUCCUCUUCAGCCAGCAGCACGCAGAACUUAAUAGCAGUAGUGCCGCCACAGUUGCAGCAGCUUCAGGUGCAAUUACCGGCGCCAGGUGGAGGUGGAGGUGGAGGAGGAGGAGCAGGUGCAGGAGGAGGUGGCGGUGGGGGAGCGGCGCCUGUGAGGCGCCACAUCUCGCAUACGACAGCCGUGAAGUUUCUGUACGCCCGUAAAUUCGAUAUACCGCGAGCUGUCUCGCUGUACGAACAGCAUGAACAGAUCCGCCUGAAGGAGUAUCUGUAUAACAUCGAUCCGGAUGUGGAGCCCUUGCGCUCCGAGUUGCAGACCGGCAAGUUCACAAUCCUGCCCGCACGCACUUCCAGUGGCGCUGCCAUCGCCCUUUUCACCGCCAAUCGACACAGUCCGCUGAGCGUUUCGCACACAACCACGCUGCAGGGCAUCGUCUAUCAGCUGGACAGUGCGCUCCAGGAUUCGGAGACGCAGCGUGCCGGUCUCGUAUUUAUCUACGACAUGAGCGGCUCCAAGUAUUCCAACUUCGACUACGACCUCUCCCAGAAGAUUCUCACACUGCUCAAGGGCGGCUAUCCAGCGCGUCUGAAGAAGGUCCUGAUCGUGACGGCGCCACUGUGGUUCAAGGCACCCUUCAAGAUCCUGCGUCUGUUCGUGCGCGAGAAGCUGCGCGAGCGAGUGUUCACUGUAUCGGUGCCUCAAUUGGCGCUGCACGUGCCGCGCAAGGCGCUGCCCAUUCACUUGGGUGGCACGCUGGAGGUCGAUCACGCCACAUGGUUGCUCAGCUGCCGCCAAUCGAUGACGAAUCGUGAGGACGAGCUGCUGGCCAAUAUCGUGGGUGUGGGCGGUGGAUCCGGAUCCGGUUCAGCAGCUGGAUCAGCAGUUGUGUCCACCAAUGGCACGGAAACCGAGGCCGCAACAACGGCAGCCACGAUAAUCAGCGCCGUCCACCAGUUGGGCGAUAACAAUACCACCGUGGUGACGGUCAGCAAUGGCGUCGGUCCAGCUGGAUCGGCAGCUGGCGGAGCAACGGCAGCAGCGACGACGGCGACGGAACCCAACGAAAAUAUCACCAUCAACGGACUGAGUCCAAGCCACCGGCAGGUGGCGAAUCACAGCAGUAGCAGCAGCAGCAGUGCAGCCACAGUGGCCAAUCCCCUCAAGCUCAGCACAAGUGGCUCCGCGGACAACAAUAGUACCAUCACGAACGCCACCACAGCUUCUGGAGCAGCCGGAGCAGCUGCUGGCACCACCACCAAUGGCGGCGGCGAGUUCUGGUCAGAGAAUCCGCCCAGCAGCGCCUCAUCCGGCUUCAGUGAUGAUGAUAGUCUCGCCGGUCAGGAGGGCGAUCCCAAGCCCAUUGAUCAGAUUGUUCAGAUGGUGAAGCAGCGCGGACGCCAUGGUCUGAUUAAGGAGUACGCGGACAUUCGGAAUAGGGCGCCCGAGGGCACCUUCCUGCAUGCGAGAAUGCGGGCCAAUUUGACCAAGAAUCGCUACACAGACGUCCUCUGCUACGAUCACAGUCGAGUGGUUCUGGCACACGAAGACGGCGACGAGCCGUCGGAUUACAUAAAUGCGAAUUUCGUCGAUGGCUACAAACAAAAGAAUGCCUAUAUUUCAACUCAAGGUCCAUUACCAAAGACAUCCCAGGACUUUUGGCGCAUGAUCUGGGAACAACAUUGUUUAGUAAUAGUGAUGACGACGCGCGUGAUGGAGCGCGGACGCGUGAAAUGCGGCCAGUACUGGGAGCCGACUGAAGAAAGUUCCUUAGAGUUUGGCGACUACCAUGUGCGAACAAUUAGCGUUGAGUGCAAUGAGGACUAUAUGGUUGCCUCGUUAGAAUUGAGAAACAUAAAGACUGACGAAAUUCGCAAUGUCUCACAUUGGCAGUUCACCAGCUGGCCAGACUAUGGCGUUCCCAGCUCGGCCAUGGCCAUGCUGAACUUCCUGCAGAAGGUGCGUGAGAAGCAGGCGCAGCUCGUCCAAGGACUGGGCGACACCUGGGCGGGUCAUCCCCGUGGACCGCCCAUUGUGGUGCACUGCAGUGCAGGCAUUGGACGCACAGGUACAUUCAUAACCCUGGACAUUUGCAUAUCGCGCCUGGAGGACGUGGGCACGGCGGACAUUCGUGGCACCGUUGAGAAGAUCCGGUCGCAGCGAGCCUACUCCAUUCAGAUGCCCGAUCAGUACGUGUUCUGUCACCUGGCCCUCAUCGAAUACGCAUAUUCGCGUGGAAUGCUACAGACGGUCGAUCUGGCUGGCUUCGAUGAGCGCGAACCGGACUCGGAGUAGGCUAAUACUAUCAACACAGUCCUUGGACCGGAAAAGGGACGAGGAAACAACUUGUAUACAGAAUAAUUUUAUGUUUUACCAUUGGAGUUGUAACUUUCUUCGACUAGAUGCUCGUCCUGAUAUGAUAUAAUAUGGUAUAUAUGAUACGAGAGAAACGAUCGGAAGCAUAGAUAGAUUCCGAGACACGGACGAGGGAGAUGAUGUUGUAGAGAGUAGAGUAAACAAUUUACGUUAAUCUAUUAUUUUUUUUUAAAUACUAUUACACACCAAGCUAUAGUUGUAUAGCAAAAACAUCUAUAUAUAAACAUUAUUUAAAUUAAAUUUAAAGUAAAUGAAAAACAAAUAGCUAAAAAUAAAGAAACAAAAACAAAACCAGCAGCAUUAGCAAAACAAACAAAAGGCUAAACAAAAGCAAAAAAAAAAACCGAAAUUAACAGCGAAGAGUGUUUAACCAUGACAAAGUUAACUAGAGUCCGAUAAAGUACGGAGUACAACGAAGGCAUAAAAGAUGAGGAUGAGGAUAAGGACGACGACCAGGAAGAGCGGGACUAGAGGCCACUCGUGGCGAGCAAACCAAACAAACCGUCCGGCGGACUGUCAAAAUCGUAGACGGACCCGAGGCGGAGCGGACAAAUUUUGUGCGUUUUCCCCCAUCUCAACCGUGUAAUCAGAUGCAGCGGGCUGCGAAUUUCCUAAACGCAACUAAGCAGCUGAAGAUGGAGCAGCAGGAGCGGCAGCAUCAGCGGCGCAUCAGCCAACUAGUUACAUAAAAUUUAUAGCAUAUGCCUAGAUCUACGUACCGCAUAUAGGAAUAUGGAAUAUGUAUAACGAUUAUAAAAAUACCAGAAGAAAUCAGAUUUAAGCACUGUUCAAUGUUGUUGCAUACGAAAAUAGACCAAAAUGAACAAGAGAGAUUCAUCUUCGCCAGCCCAGUCUCCUGGCCGCAUCUCCUCCAGAUGUGACCGAAUCUGAUGCCCGAACACCCCCACCCACAAAGCUCUCUUCGCCCCCCUAAGCUGUUAAAUGUGUCAUUUUGUUUUGUUUUUUACCCUUUUUUUCUAAUAUUUAUACAUAGAGCGUAAUUAAGUGUAUCGAGCAGGAAGUCGUAGUGAAUUUUACUAAAAAUUAUUUUACCAACUAGACGUGAAUAGUUGAAAAGCGCAGAAAGCGAGUAUUAAAGAGAAAUGAUUAAGAAACAUAUAUCUAACAUGCCUUCUUACCUACAUUUUUCAUAUAUGCCAAGCGAAUCUAAAACGGAAUAAUAAUCGUAAAGAAAAUAAAUGAAGGAAAACCAGACAUAUUUUGUAUUACUUUUUUAAAAUAACAAGGAGAUCUAUAUUCAAUUAUGAAUCAAGUCAAGAAUGGCAGCUUUCUCGAACAGAAGUAAACAGAAAAAGAAGUAAACAGAAGUAAAAUGAAAACAUAAACGAAAUCUUAAGUGUAACAACUAUGUGUAUGUAAUGUCGGUCAGAAUGCAUUUUCUUCGUGCAUCUUUGCGAAAGUAUUAUAAAUAUUUACAUAUAAAACAAAUUAAGUGCACAUACUGCAACACAUCUGCUAAAAAAAAAUAAGAAAGAUAAAUACGUUUUUUUGUCUCAUCAUGUUUGUAUGCAUGUAAAUAUAAUACCUACGAUAUAUAUAGUAUUUUUGGUGCUAACUUAAGAGUUGCCCGCACCGUGCUCCAAACACACAACCCAUACACACUCUACCACUCACACGUAUAUAUCAUUAGAAUUGUAAAAGCUGUGAUCAAACCCGAAUGAAAGAUGCAAGUCGAAAUUGGAGCCACAGACUCUCCUCGCACAGCCAGUCAGUCAGUCAGUCAGUCAGACCAGACCACUGAAGUCAUACACUCCCUAUACUAUUUAAUCACAGAACAGAACAGAACAGAACCAUUUUCAAUUCUUUCAAAGGCCUUUUCCUAGAGAAACAAAGAACAAAAAGCAAAAAAAAAAACCUUACCAGAUUGCAUGAUGAAUACUACUCACCUCCCAGAUCAGAUCGAUGGAUGCUCUAUUUUUAUAACGCUUGACACUCGGAUCAUACUGCAUAUAAUCCAAAACCAAUCCAAAAUUGGGAAGACGCAAAAUAAUGCCGCGCAGAUAACUAUAAAUAUUUUUUGUAGUCUCCAGGCUCGGAGUGAAGGAAAGAAUUUAUUUAAAAACAAAAAAACAAAUUAUAUAUAUAUAUAUAUACAUAUAUACAUAUAUAUCUAUAUGUAAUAACACAUGUAUGAAAAUUAGCAAAAUUUCUUCAAGUGUAAUGUAAAAUUAGCUAGAGUCACAAGCCUUUGUUUUCCGUUCAAACGAAGUGUAAAGAAAAUUACUUAGUAUGAGUACGCAAAAUGUUGCAUGUGUCACGAUUGCUUUCAGAAAGCUUUGCAGCGCACAACAUGCACCUAAAAUCAAAACUUAAAAACAACAACAAAAAACCAUUUACCAGAUGAUUGAUCGAUCGAUCCAGCCCACCCUUAACCAACUCUUGACUAAAUCUAUCCACUAACACCUACUCCCCGCAUAUUGAAUAUUGAAUACUCGCAUUUGUCGCACUUGGAUAAGCCACCACUAACCGACCGGAAGACCACUAGCCUCCACCAAUCCACUAAUCUCCACCCAAUCCAGCUCAAAACCACAGGGAGACACUGUACAUACACGCGGCAGGACGCCCGUCCGGCAAACCAGUCCACGAUCCACACCCGAAACAUGGAGAUCUUAGUCUAGAGAAAUGGUCGCAUAAUAUUUAAGGACAUAUAAGUAUGUGUUAUCAUUUCAUAAGGAGAAUCGAGAAACCAAAAUACAACUUGAUGUAAAAGCAAAAUGCAUUUUGCAGUUUAAAAAAAAAGCAAAUAAAACGUAACAAAUGAAAAUUGUGUAUAAAAUGUA